AUGUCCUCAACUCUGGUCUUCCAGGGGACAAUCAUUCACUCCCUUGAUCCCGAAAAUCUUGAAAUCUUGGAGAAUGCGACACUCAUAGUCCACGACGGUCGCAUCACCGGCUUGUACAAGUGCACCGAUGAGAUGCCACAAGAUGCCAUCCCUUCGGCAGCCAAGCUCCAUAAACUUCCAUUUGGAGACUUUUUGAUUCCGGGCUUCGUUGACAUACACAACCAUGCUCCUCAAUGGCCGAUGCGCGGUCUCGGCCAAGGUCUUCACAUCCUGGAUUGGCUUAACGACGUCACUUUUCCCUUUGAGGCACGCUUUGCCGACCAUGACUACGCAUCUAGCAUGUAUGAGUAUACUGUUGAGGACUUUUUACGUCACGGAAUCACUACGGCAUCAUACUAUGGGUCGCGACAUGCAGAAGCAACACGAAUCCUAGCGAAUAUAUGCCAUAAAAAGGGCCAGCGCGCCUUGGUGGGGAAAUGCAACAUGGACAGGAAUGCACCAGACUACAUCUGUGAAGAGGAUGCAUCUGCAUCCCUUCGUGAGACCGAAGAGUGCAUCGGCCAUAUCCGAUCCUUGAAUGGGAAUGAGGAUGCUCUAGUAUCACCUGUUGUGACGCCCAGGUUUGCCAUCUGCUGCACACCUGAGCUACUCCAGGGUCUGGGCGAUAUGAUUCGGGGCGACGAUACCUUGGCAAUGCAGACACAUUUCAACGAAGCUCAACAGGAGAUAGACGCAACCAAGGCGCUUUUCCCAGAGUUUGGCGGGAGCGAGGCGGACCUAUACGAAAGCUACGGGUUGCUUAACCGCAGAGCUAUCCUAGCCCACUGUACCAUUAUGAACGACUACGAAAAGGAGCGGCUCAAGGCGCUACAGUGCGGCAUCGCGCAUUGCCCGAUUGCCAACAUGACGGUUGGAGGAGGCUUCAUGGUCGCGCCGAUAAGGGACUUUUUGCGCCGCGGCAUCAAGGUCGGUCUGGGGACGGAUAGCGGUGGUGGAUGGGCUUCCCAGAUGCUUGCUGUCAUACGCCAGGCCAUGAUAGCAUCAAAUGCACAAGAGGUCUUGUCCAAGGGUGGGGAUAAGACACUAUCACUAGACGAAGCAUUCUACCUCGCGACAAUGGGUGGUGCGAGGGUCCUCUGUCUAGAGGAAAGAAUAGGCAGCCUUGAGGUUGGCAAGGAACUGGACGCUAUCUGGGUGACGACGACGAUGGGACUGCAGUCGGCCAUGGCCCCGCGAGAUACCCAGGACUCACCGAGAAGGAUGUUUGAGAAGUUUAUUAUGACGGGUGAUGAUCGGAAUAUGGCUCAUGUGUAUGUCAGAGGUCGGCGAGUAGCUGGAAGUAAGUAA